CGAGCCUGACACGGGAUGCAGAGCUUCCUGAGGCUGCUGAGGGAGACUGGGGGCCGCGGACCACCCUCGGGAGAGCUGGUGACUCUCGCAGGCAGGCUGUGCCGGGACCUCCAGGAUGACCCAGCCCGGGCGCGGCCCUUGGUCAGCGCCGUGUUGGACAGCCCGCUCCGCCUGCACCUCCUGGACAACGCGGACGUGGCCCUCGUGUGUGCCCGAGUGCUGGCCCAGCAGGAGCAGCACCAGGCCGCCUGCCGGCUGCUGGAGGGUUGCCAGGUGCCCGGAGGCAGCCAGGAGCUGGUGCAGCUCUGGAACGACAUUCACUACCGUCUGGUCAUGAAGCGGCUGGGCGUGGCCGUGCUAACCCCAGUCCAGAAGUUCCGCUGCAGAAAGAGGAACCCGCCGCCGCGCUCGCUCUGCCCCGACGGCCUCAAGAGCCGGAACUUCCCCAGAGACGUCCGCCGGAAGCUGCACGACUUCGCCUCCGGCGUGAGCGCCAACCCCAGCAAGGCCGACCGGGAGAACCUGGCCUUGGAGACGAGCCUGAGCGCAGAGCAAGUGUACAACUGGUUCGCCAAUUACCGGCGGCGCCAGAGGGCCCUUGAACGCCGUCCGCCGGCCCCGGACGACACGGCGGAGGACCCCGGCGCGAGGGAGAGGGCCCCGGGCCCCCCGCAGCCCGCCGGCCACCCCCGCCCCGGCCCUGGGGGCGUGCACAGGCCUCCGCGGCCAGCAGGACGGGAGGAAGAUGGGCCUGCACAGUCCAGGGAGACCACUCAGGGACCGUGGGAGUCGCUGGCCCUGGCCCCAGACUUUUCUGGAGAUGAGACUCUGCCGAAGCCACUGCCUGCCAGGUCUCUGCAGGGUGGUGAGAUGUACCAGGAGGGGCCUGGCCAUAGUCCUGCCACUCUCCCCCACAUCUGCCCAGGCCCUGGCCUCUGUCCUCUGACUGCUGGCAAUGACAUGCUGGACCCUUCUAUGGCUGCCCCUGAGUCGUGGCUGAUGUCCCUUGCACUGGCAUCCUCCAAGGAAGUUUCCUUCCAGACUGGGCAGCUGGUCCGUGGCCACGGGCUGGACCUCAUGAUGCGCCCUGCAGAUGCCGCUGUGGCCGUGUCCAUCACUGCCCUCAGUGAGCCCAGCUCCACAGGAUUCGCUGACCCACCUGUUGGCAACCCCCCGAGCAUGUACCUGGAGGAAGGUCCAGGCACCAGCGGUGGCCAGGCAGCACAACAGGCGGGCGGCUUCCUGGCGACACAGCCUCCCGAAUUCCUCCUAAGCCAGAGCCCCCUGGAGUUGGCACCGGGCCCCUCCUUCCCCAGCCCUGUUUCUGCUGUGGACCUGAGCCAGCCCUUGCCUUCCACCCAGGUGCAGUGGCCCGAUGGCCAGGCCUCCAGCGAUGCCUUCUGGGGAGCCAGGAUGCUGCUUGAGCUUUCUGGGGGCAGCCUGGGUUGAGAUGUCCCUUUGGGGUGUCCAGCCAGUGCCCCUAGGGGAGCAGGUGUGGACGUCUAGCCUUUCAACACAUGUUACAUAGAGCUUUAUUCUGACUGAAGAGAGGACCCCAGAGUUCCUUGGGGGUUCCGGAGAGAAGCAUUGAGGCUGCGUAGCCCCCUGCCGUGUAUGAAUAGUUUGGUUGGCAGCUCAGUUUAUCAGAGGAAGCAUUUGAGAAGCGCUCUUGAGCUCAGAAGCCCAAGGGGUCUGUUUCACUCAGGCAACGGGAGAUUGUGGAGUCAAGCUCCUGGGCAGGUUCUGGGCCGGGAAGGCCUUUCUGGAGAUAGCACUGCUGUCUACCCUCCCUGCCCUGUGACAAGGCCAGACUUCACCUAGUUAGGCUGAUGAGUGCAGCAUGGGCAGUGUUCUGACAUUUCUGUGUCUUGGGGGUGGGGGGCUCCUACAGAGGCCGGUGUGGGUGGCAUGGCUCAGGCAGGGUGGGACAGGGUGCAUUUUCCCCUAAGGUUGUAAUUCAUUGUGUUUGUAAAAGUUCUAUUCAAUUAAAUUACAGUUCAAGGUUCA